GUGCAACCGAACGAAACACGAACAAGAACGUCAUCCGAAACGUAACUAAAGAAAGAAGGGCGAUGUUGUACUAGCGAAGAAAGACAGCUGUCGUUUCGUUUUCAGCUGAUUUUUGUGUACGAUUAUCACUAUCAUCCAUUGACUGUCCACUGAGGCGUUUCGUAACAGCUUAAGGCUCCCGAGUAUCUCCAUCGCGCGUGAUAGAGAACGAGGAGCAUUAAAGGACGAUAUCGGGGAAGCAUCGGGUCAUAGCAACGAACAAAGGGAGAUGGUCCAUUGAGUACGGGUGGUGCGUAGCGGGCGGCCGUGACGUCACAAGGCCGCGACGUCGAGGCCGAUGCGGCGGGUGCGCUUGUGAUCUCGGCGCUCCGGGCAGCGCGGAGAGCGCGAGCAGCGCGGCGAGAAGUCGGAGGCAGCCUGGCCUCCAGUGACUCGGGCGACGAGGGCGCCGGGCACCGGCCGCCGCGCAAGCGGACCCGCAGGCUGUCGCCGCCGGCCCGGCCCGCGGCCAUGCACCAGCCCUGCGCCAACGGCGCGCCGCCCCCGGUGCACCUCAACGGCGACGCCAUCGCGCGUAACGGCGACCUGCCGCCGCCCGGUCCGCGCAUGGGGCAGACCGACCAAGAGAUCGUGCGCCUCAUCGGCCAGCACCUCGUGUCCAUUGGACUUGAACGCAGCGCGGCGCUGCUCAUGGAGGAGUCGGGGCUGCACCUGGAGCACCCGGCAGCGGCCACGUUCCGUCAGCACGUGCUCGCCGGCGACUGGGUGAAAGCCGACCAUGACCUGCGCGCGCUGCACGACCUGCUGCGAGACUCGCCCAACGUCGACCCCCACAACCUCGCUGAGAUGAAAUUCGUGGUGCUGGAGCAGAAGUACCUGGAGCACCUGGAGGCGGGGCGCGUGCUGGACGCGCUACACGUGCUACGCAACGAGCUGACGCCGCUGCAGCACGACACGCCGCGCGUGCACCGCCUGUCCGCGCUCAUGAUGUGCGCCGACGCCGCCGAGUUACAUGCGCGCGCCGCCUGGCCCGGCGCCGGCCCGCGCUCGCGUGCAGCCGUGCUCGCGCGCGUGCAGGCGGUGCUGCCGCCGGCGCUGAUGAUGGCGCCGGGGCGGCUGCGCGCGCUGCUGGCGCAGGCGGCGGCGCAGCAGGCGGCGCGCUGCCGCUUCCACGCCGCGCCGCGCCCCGCGCCGCCGCCGCCCGCCGCGCUCGGCGCCGCGCCGCCGCCCGCCGACCACCACAUCCCCUUCACGCUGCUCGCCGAUCAUCAGUGCUCCGCCGACAACUUCCCCAUACACUCGCUACAGGUGUUAAAUGAACACUGCGACGAGGUGUGGUACUGCAAAUGGUCACCAGAUGGCACUAAGCUCGCGUCCGGCUCCAAGGACAAUACCGUCAUGAUAUGGGACUUCGAUCCCGCCGCUAAAAGACUCUCCUUCAGAAAAUCACUGGAGGGUCAUACGUACGGCGUGUCGUACCUGGCGUGGAGUCCCGACGGCCGCUACCUCAUCGCCGCCGGUCCGGAGAACUGUCCCGACCUUUGGAUAUGGAACAUGGAGACAGAGCAGUUGCACCAAAAAAUGACUCAGUCACAAGAGGACUCGCUGACGGCGGUGGCGUGGCACGCUGGCAGCGAUAAGUUCGUGUGCGGCGGCGGCAGCGGACAAUUCUACCAUUGCGGCCUCGAUGGAGUCGUGAUCAACAGCUGGGACGGUGUCCGGGUCAAUGCCCUGGCGUGUCGCGCCGACGGCCGCACCGUGCUGGCCGCCGACACUCAUCACCGCGUCCGGGCGUACGACUUCAGCGACCUCACGGACCGUAACCUGAUUCAAGAGGAACACGCGGUGAUGGCGAUGACGCUGAACGCCAACGACACGCUGCUACUGCUCAACGUCGCCAACCAAGGAGUCCACCUGUGGGACAUACGUGCGCGUGCGCUGGUGCGACGGUUCCGCGGCCUCAGUCAGGGGCACUUCACCAUCCACGCCUGUUUCGGUGGUGCACAUCAGGACUUCAUCGCUUCCGGCUCAGAAGACAACAAGGUGUACAUAUGGCACAUCAACGGUGAAGAGCCCAUAGCCGUGAUCACGGGUCACACGCGCUGCGUGAACGCGGUCGCUUGGAACCCGGUGCACCACGACAUCAUCGUGUCCGCCUCCGACGACUACUCGCUGCGGCUGUGGGGGCCGCGCGACCCCCGUGACCCGCGUGACCCCCGUGACCCGCGCGACCCCCGCGACCCCCGGCCCUAGCCCGCUGCCCCGCACGCGAGCUCGCACGCCGUCGUAAGCGACCAUGCGCGGUCCCAUGUGGUUACAAGCGACCUCACGCAUCCACACGCGGCCACAUUCGCCCAACUGAACUGAACGGCUUUAAGACCGGUUUACGAUAUAAAAAAAACACUAGUUUCAAGUACUUUAACUGAUGAAUAUACGCAGAGAUGACAGUAGUCACUUGAAAGCUACCGUUUACAUGCAUCUACUAACUCAUUUAAAUGCGAGUGUUUUAAUCAUGUAAACCGGGCGUUAGAACGUUACGACGUGAACAAAUAUAUUGUAUUGAUUGAAAUACACACCUGGUUGGUCAGUGCCCACAAUUCAACGACGAAUUUCCAAUCUAUCGAAAAUGAACCUUAUGUAUAUAGUAACAGUGACCAAUUUCGGGUCUCCCCUCACUAGUAAAAUGUAGUUUCUGAUAAGGAAUUUUAAAUCACCAACCACAAAGCCAAAAAUAAUUGGGUUGGAAGCCACAUUCACAUUCAUUCAUAUAUUUGUGGAUUGGGCAUGAUAAUGUCACAAAAACCCGACUGGAAAACAACCGUUAAAUUGCAUCCCUCUUUAUUUUAAUACUACUCUAUACCCUGUGGCCUUUUCAAAUGGUCCUCCUAUCCGUCAAUAGGUCUACCAUGAAACCUAAUUCUGAAGUUCCGUGCCCAAAUUAAUGCGAAAUGAAGAAUUAUGUUUUAUUAGCUAUAAACUUUACCAUAAAGUAUCCGAACCAAACAAUAUCGUACCUUAUAGUAUCCGAACGAACGAACCAUUUUGAUUGCAUUUGUUUCUUUAUUUUUUAACUUAAUAUUCUUAACCUACUUUCUUUUUACUUUCGCAUUGCAUAAUUCAUGGUUUAUAAAAGACUGUAAUUAACGCCAUCGUUUGGGUAAAUUAUAUUUUAAAUCGUGUAAACCACAAUAUUGUUGUUCUCUUGGAAAAAAUUUCGUAUCAGGUAAGUUUUACGCAGUACGUCAAAUAUCUACAUGUUCUCACACAUAGACUCAUCAGGAACAUCGAAAAAUAUCUUUUUUUUUUUUUUACAGUCGGGUGAAAUGUCAAAGUUUAGACUCUUGUUGAUCGUCUCACAAACUCGUAACUUCGUUUAUAUCUGUUAAUCUGUUAACUUCUACAAUCUUAGUAGUGUAGUACUAAAGUGCUCUUAAAUUCUUCUUUAGCUGAACCCAAAGAUUUGUAUUGAUAUUUUAGCUCUUUCUAUGUCGCGUUAUUGUCAAUUGCCAACGAUAUGCCGUCUGGAUGUGCGUUAUAAUUAUUGUGCAUUUGAGGAUAUGUGUGUAUUCCUUGGAUCAUAAAUUGAUCUCAAAUGAGAGAGUUAUUUGCAGGUAGUGCGGUCGAUUCUGAGGUACCUAUCUGAAAAUUUUCUCUAUUAUUAUCUCUCUCUAUUUUUGUCUCUAUCUAAUUGUGAAAUUACUAUUUUAUGUAUAAUCUUUAAAUGGAAUUUACAAUAAUUUUAAUUUGAACCUAUUGGGAGUUUAGUACAUAUUGGUCCUUGGAGUAAAGAUUUUGCUGUGCCACUGAAUUUAAAUUUAAUACAUUGAGUUAGAGAAACGAUGCCUCAGAAUCGACGCAAUUGUCGAGGAAUAAAAAAAAUUUAGUCGAUAUCAUACAUUCACGUAUCACUUGUGAGCUGAUAGAUUCCAAACUCAGAUCCUGAGAUGGUGAUGUAGGACUCAGUUGAUGCUGUCUCAAAAUGGGUGUUGAGUUCAAUUGAAAUUUAUUUUAGUGGUCCUAUUAUGCUGCCUAGCGGGCGACCAUGGUCUAGAAAAUUCCUUUCGCCCCCAGAUAGUGCAGGCUCCCAAAUAAGUAACACUAUUAUAUUAUUGUGAGUAAAAAACGCGACUAUCUCCCUAUAUAAAGGAGUGAUUACUUAAUAAAUUAUAAGGUUUCUAUAGGUCUAAUUCUGAUUUAUUAUUUAUAUUUAGACAGGACACAAGUAUAUGUUAUUGUUACAGUCACCUCACGAUGCCAGACGUAAUGCAAUCUAAAAUACAAUAAUAAUAAGGUUUCAUUUUGAACUCUUAUCGAAACGACUCCGACACUAAAAAUCUGUUAAUGACGAAUUUGAAAAUUCAUAAUGUUAAAUCUUAGGACAAAACGAAAAUAUAUUUCAGCAUAUAAAUAAUAAUAACUGGAUAUAUUUAUAAUAUUAUCAGUUGAUAUUUAUACAGAAUCGAGACACGUUAGUUCUCAGAAAUGACAAUGGAUAAUGGACACCAUUGGCACCACACCAUAAUGCCUAUGGUGUUAUUUAUCUCUGUAUGCGAUUACCAUUUUAUAGUUCUGCUUGAUGCAUUUAGUAAUCAGAAUUAGUUCUAUAGCGUUAAUCAAAAAGGUUAAAACCAAAUAGUGAAUAAAGAAUUUGAUACUUGUUAAAAAUGUUAUGUUUUUCGUCUCUGUCUUACCACUGGAUGGCAGCGAGAUGGAAGAUCGAUGCCCUUAUCUAGAUUUGGCCGUUUGCGUCUCUUUCUAUCUAGCUAUUAAUUCGAUUGACGUGUAAACGAGACGGAAGAUACUACGGAAGAUUACACAUGAUCAAAUUUAUAAUGUGCAUCCACUAUUUUGGUUUUAAACUCCUUGGUGUUAUUAUAAUUAAGGCGAAUGUUGGUAGAAGUGUGGGCGUGUGAUGGUCGCACAGCGGCGACCAGUCUAUGCGUUGUGCAAUUAGGUAAAUGAACAAAAUGGCUCGUCUACUAUGAGAGUUUACCACGCAUGACUGGCAACACCUGAUUCAGCUGUGAAAUUAUCAAACACUGAACAAUUUUACAUAUUUUUUCACAGGAAUUUAUUUUGAAGAAAUUUUGUAUUAUCAUAAAUAAAACGUGAAUUACGUAAUAGAAUCGUUAUCAAACUGACAUUCAAAUUUCUGGUGAAAAAAAAAAACAUUUGUAAACUUCAGAAGAAAAAUGUGAAUUAUAUAUAUAUAUAUAUAUAUAUAUAUAUUCAAUUUUAAUUUGUUGACUUAAGUUUAGACUUAUAAUUAAUAUUGUAGAACAAAAUUGAUUAAAUUGAACAUAACAAUAAUUUUUUUUUAAUAUUUAAGAUUAUUUUUUUGUUGUCAAAAAUUGACAGUGUACGAGCUGCUAGAGUUUUUAUAUCAACGUUCUUAAUUUGAAUGGAUGAGUGGAAAACUACUAGUAAAUCUGCGAUUAAAAAUUAAAAAAAAAAGGUAAUUACCGCCAUUCUGUUCAUUUGCAAAUAUAAUAAUGCUGUUUUAUCAUCUUAUGUGUCGAAAAUUGAUUCUUAAUUUGAUUAAUAAAACGGCCAGUAUCAGUACUAACAGCAUGGGCCACAGUAUAGCGAAUUAUCGGCAAUAAGUAUUCCACAUCUAUAACUUAAUAUAUCCGGCCAGUAGUAAAGCGAAAAUAGUACUUAUGUACUUGUUUACAAAGUGGAAUAUCUACUGAAUUGCCCGCAAUAUGAUUGAUAAAUAAAAGAGUGAUUAAAUUAUUGUAUAUUUAUAACACGAAACUUGUUCCGACGAGUUCAUUGUAGGCAUCAUACGAUAUUUAGUUUAUUUAAACUCGAUUCGAACAUGUACUUAGAACAUUUAGACAUAGAAUACAGAUCAAGCAGUUGCCUCACUAAAUUGACCAGUUUCGAAAAAAUAUAAACCGAGCGUGCGGUCAAUGCGGUCGAUUUUGAAGCGUCAGUUCUCUAAACCUUUCUAUAAAAUUAAAAUUUCAAUAUUACAGCAAAAUCUUUAUACUAAGGACCGAUGUGAACUAAAUUUCUAAUAAAUUCAAUUAAAAAUUAUUGUAAGUUUAGUUUAUUAUGAUCUAUAAUAUAAUCAUCGUCAUUAUAUCGGCCCUUAACCGUCCACUGCUGAACAUAAGCUUUCCCCGUGGGGGGUUGUGACAGUAGUUGCCACGCUUUGCAGACGGAUUGGCAACCGCAGUUAGGCUUUGGAGAUGUUUUAAGAGGGACGCUGUUGCCCAUCCCUCGCUCUCCCUUAGUCGCCUCUUACGACACCCACGGGGAAGAUAGGGGUAGCCUGUUCUACGCCGGGACCAUACGGCUGUAGUAUAGUAUUUUCGCGAAACUAUUAAAAGUUUUUUUUUAAGACGGUUUAUUGAAUGGUGCUUCAGAAUCGACCGCAAUGUCUCUUUCUAACCGCUCAUGCGAAGUGAGACAAUUAGACCUUUAGAAAGAGUACUGGUUGCAUGUCAUUUUGUCUCUCUUUCUCUCUCUCUCUCUCUCUCUCACACACACACUUAACCAUUCGUAUGUACUUCACUGACAUUAAUUAUUGUUAUUGUUUAAUAUAUUAAAUACGAUCAGCUCUGCGCAAGGAAUAUAUCAAAAUUUUUUUUUAUUUGUUUAAAUAAACUCAAAGACACAAGUGAUAGUGCGUGCAAUAGUGUGCUAGCAAAGUGCAAUAAUUCGGCCUCGCGCCGUAAUAACUGAAUGAUGAAUUCGUUGGAACGUAGUGAGGAUUGACAACUGAUUAUAUGAAAUUUGGUCUACCCGACUAGGGCUACACGCGCCCGAUGUCAACACAAAGUCGACCGCGAGCGGGGAGACGCGCGAGUGUAGCGCGUGCGUAAGUUAGUAUAAGGCUAGCCGUAAGGUAGGGAUGGAGUUCGUAAGUUAGGAUCGUUGGUGUGUUGAUUUUAAUUAAAAAAAAAUUAACGUUUUAACUCUAUUAAUGUUGGCGACUUCCAUUGUUUUGAAAGCACCACUGUUAUAAAACUCUCACAGAUUUGAAUGUUUAAUAUAGAAAUUCGUAUAUUAUUCUCAUAUGGCUCGGGAAAGUGAAAUAGUAAUAAUAUCUUAAAGUUUAUUUGCCACAGAUGCUAAAUUACCUUUGUCUGUGUUCUGUGACGAUGAUUUGAUUUUUUUAAAUUUUUUCGUUGACACGACGUUGCCAUUACUUCUGGAAAGUUCUCUUAUAAUAUUACUGUUUAAAUAAAAAUAUUUAAAACCUAAGAGGCUGUUCAUAUUAUUACGUACGAAGUGAGUGCGAUGUAAAAUGAUCCUUAUGUUAGAACAGAACAAGGAGACUUUGUACAAAAGUCGAUUGCUUGGGUAGCUUUGUCCUACUCGUGUUUCUACGUGAAGCAGUUGUGUUUGCAUGGCUGUGUUUCGGUUUGAUGGGUGGGAUAUGUCGUGAAUUUACUGGGUAGGGAGGAAUAACAACUGAGUACUCAGGAAUGGCAACGCAUGGGCGGUAUCAUGGGCGAAACAGUAUACUCUGUUAUGUCCAUGGUACUGCUCCUGUCUAUAGGCGACGGUUACCACUUUCCACCAGGUGGGCCGUCAGCUUGUUUGCCAUUCUAAGUUGUAUAAAAAGAGAAACACGACUUUCAAAGUAUUCCAGGAUUAUUUUUAUGUCACACCCGUUCGUUGUAAUAUGAACAGCACUUAAUACUUGUGGUAGUCGAUCGUUGCUAGUUCUCGAUUCUGUAAUGUCAUAAUUAAAUGCACUUUUUAAAAUUAUUUGUAUUUAAGAAUGGAUAGUAUAGGAGUGCAAUCGGCGCUCCCCGCCGCGCCGGACGCUAGAUGUAACUAUUUUUAAGUCUUCGGUUAAGUUAAUUAAGAGGUAAUUAUAGCGAGCAGAGAAUAUUUUGUAGCGUAGUAGACCGCUCGCGGCUCUAUUUUUGUACCGAUCACAGAAUCUCUCAUCUGGUUGAACCGUAAGCCCGUUAUACUUUGAUAUUGUUCUUGAAUAUGUGGGAUUGGUCCUAAUUGAUAUACCGAGUGGUAAUCGGUUAUGUCGUAAAUGGAAGUGACAGAAUUCGUGAAACUGGACAGUUUAUACUAAGAAGCAUAGAUGGAAUCUGAAAAUGUAUUUUUUAAAUAUUUCAUAUUUGUUUUAUGGAUGAUAAUGGAAUGGUGACCCCGCCCGCGCUAUCGGUAUACACCGGCGGGGCACCAGUGAAGGAUGAUAAGUAAGAAUAAAGUAAG